CCCCCCCCCCCCCCCCCCCCUGGAGAUAAAUAAUGACCGGUCGAUUAGUUUCGUUUUGCUGUAUUUCGUUUCGUUUUAUUCGUUUUGGGCUAUUUCGUUUCGUUUCUCCCUUUCUAUUUUGUUUACGGUUUCGCAAUUGACAGAUACCUUAAAGUGAUCACGAUUUACAGUUUUUGAUAGUUUAAGGAUGUUUGUUGCUCCUCUUGUUUUUGAAGUUUUGCCAGAUUUUCGGAAUCCUCUGGUUUUAUCCAUGUAUUGCCAUUAAAAAAUUUUGCCAACUAACCCCUACUUUUCUUUUCAUAAUUUUAUUACAUAUAGUUUAAAAAAAAGCCAUAUUUGAAAAUCUUAUAAAAUUCUUGUUAUUUUUUCAUAGUUUUUGAAACAAAAAAGCGGCCAAUGUUAAAAGUAUGAAAAAUCUAGAGAGAAUCAUUUCCCGCCAAAUUUUCAAUGGCUUAUAUCUCGAAAACAAGCACACGGACCCAUCAUUUUUUUCUGCUUUUUUAGUUCCUUUAUUUAUAUACUAUCAUUUUAGAACAGUCUUUUAGAAAGCUUGUUAUUUUGAAUCAGAGUAGCGAACAUCCUUAAUUGAGGGAAUUUCCAUACAAAGUUAAUAUAGACUGUCCCUGUUUAAUUGUACAGUACAGUACAAUUGAUAGAAGAGCUCGUAUUCAUCGCCUCGUUGUGACUUUUAAACUUCCUGGUCUUCUCAGAAUAUGCUGUCCAUUGAUGCUGUCAACCUAAAGCUUUAAACCAACAAGAAAUUAACAGACUGUUAUUGACCUGUGGCAGCUGGUAUUAACGCCAUGAAAACACCAUUUAAAAUAAGCUGAAGUUGUAAUUGGAGUUUGAUGAAGGAUAAUUUGUAGUUAUUGACAGAACUAGAACCAACAGACUUACGUUUGGGUAUUUAAUCAUACUGAAUAUAUAUUUCUGAUGUAUAGGUGAUAUAAUGGCAAAUUGGGAUGAGAAACUUUGUACAGCUGCUGUGGUUGGAAAUGUUAAAGAUGUGGAAUUAUCUAUACAAAAUGGAGCUAAUUUGGAAUAUAAAAGUGAUUAUUGGGGAAUGACACCAUUAAUGUUGGCUGCUGAGAUAGGACACCUGGAGGUGGUGACGUACCUGGUCACUCACGGCAGUCAGUUAGAAGUCACAGACAAGUAUGGACGAACAGCUUUACAUUGUGCUGCUCAGUAUGGACAGAUUGAUAUAACAAAAUGGUUAAUAGAUCAAGGAUGCAGUCCUUGGGUGAAAACAAAAAAGGGUCAGACUCCUUAUGAUGUGGUAACAAGUAACAUCUUUGGCUCUGAAGCGGCAAAAAGGAAGAAGAAAGAAGUGAUGGACUUCCUAAAGGAUGCCAUGUCAAAGACAUCCCCAGAAGUAACUACUGACACCCAUUUACAGGAACCUGCAGCACCUGUAGUUGAAGAUUCCAUCAAGAAAGGGCAACAGUCUGCCAUGUUAAAUCGUUUAUUAGGGAAGGGAAGCUAUGAAUCUUUUGAUAUGAGAUGCAUGGUGACCGGCCAAUUUUCAGUAGGGAAAUCGACUCUUGUGAAGCUGUUAGCUGGUGAUGUCAUACCAGAAGGGCGACAUCCCACUGAUGGAAUUUCUCUCGUUGAAGGUCGCUGUGGCCUUGAUAUUGAGACAAAAAGUUGGAUUCUUAUUGAUCCAGAAGCUUAUAAUGCCCUGGAUGUUGUGUACAAUAAGGUUUUAAUGACCUCACUGGAAGAGGAAGACUCUGAACAAACCGAAAAGUUAGAACAGGCUUCAGAUACAAGCCCAACUAGUUAUGCCAAAACCACACUUUCCUCUUUGCCCUCAGAACAGUCUACAGCAGCACUAUCUCUACCACCUCAGAAAUCCUCCAAUGUGUCUUCCACGGUAAAACAGAAAACGAGAACCAGAAUGACAAAAGAAGAAAUAAGAAGGAAAAUGGAAAAAGUCCUCAAAAGUGGGCAGUAUAAGAUGAAAGUUGGACGUCUUAUCUUUUGGGAUUUUGGUGGACAAUAUGUUUAUUUAACAACACACCAGACCUUCAUGACGUUCCGAGCCUUGUUUCUUGUAGUAUUUGAUGGGAGCAAAGAUUUGCAUGAACAGGUCCCUGAUGUGAUGUAUUUUCCAGGGCAGCACAUGACGCCAACUCCAGCAGUAUUCUUGCAAUAUUGGGUCAAUUCCAUCCUGACCUAUUGUAAGGUUGUAUAUGCAGGCAUUCCAAAGAUCUUGUUUGUUGCCACUCACAAGGACAAAGUACCAAGGGAGAAUGUUGAGACACGACGUGAAAUGCUUCACAGUGGAAUUGAGAAGUUGUUUAAAGACCACGAGGGACAACAUCAUCUGGUCCUUAGACCUCUAAUAUUUGUCAAUGCAAAAAAUCAAGACGACCCAGAAAUAGAAGUUCUGAAGAAAACAAUUACAGAACUUACAUUCAACCACCCAUGUUGGGGUGAAAGAAUGCCCAAUGCUUGUGUUCCACUAGAGCUGGAGAUCGCUGAAUUAGUGGCAGAAGGAAAACAAAUUAUGUCAUUGGCUGAAGUUAAAGAAUUAAAUGCCAUCAGCGAGGUGUCUGUCCUGUCUCCUGAGCAGCUAACAGAUUUUUUACAUUAUCAACACUCUCUUGGAAAGAUUGUUUAUUUUGAUACCCCACAGCUGAGAGAUAAUGUUAUCAUAAGCCCCCUUCUUAUGGUGGAAGUAAUGAGAUCUUUCAUUACAGAUGUUGAAUUCUGGCCAAAAGAAGAUAAAACAUGGAAAACCUUCAAAAAGAUGUCUAUAAAUGGAAUGAUACAAAAAGUAGACCUCUACCAGAUAUGGGAGCAAGAAGAAUUCCGUCAGAUUUUACCAUUUAAAGAGUACAUAUUUGAUAUGCUGAUACACCUAGAUAUCAUAUCUGAACAGCGUAGAUAUGAUACAAAAACAGGAAGUCGUCUACCAAUAGAAAACUUCUUUGUACCCUGUAUGCUUACACAAAGAAACGAUACAGAUUUCUUGACACAAGAAUGUACACCAGAGAGGACUUUUAGUUUGGCCUUUGUUUUCAAAGGAACCAUCAUACCUCCAGCCUUACCAAACCGUCUAAUAUGCGCAUGUCUCAGUAUGUGGACAUUAAAACAAUACCGUGGAAGGAAACUUAUGUUUUCUGGGUUUGUUGGGUUAUCAUUUGAUAAAGAGCAUGAUAUUGUUGUCUGUGUAGAAGGAAACAAGAUCUUAUUGUACCUAGUCCACAAGCGCUCCAAGGGCCUGAUAGUACCUGAGAUAGCCACUAGUGUCAGAGAAUGUUUGCAUUUAACAUUGGAGAGGAUUUCAGAAUUUUAUCAGUCUACUGUCCACGAAAAAGUUAGCGGUCAACUCCCAUUUCACACUGAGUAUUCCUGCUCUAGAUUUAUCUGUUACAUUCCAGGAGAAAGGUUAGCUUUAAAAACUGAUGAGUGCGUUUGUAACCAUGGUGACAACAUUAAACGCAACUGGAAGGUUUGGAACCAGGAACAGAAACAAAAGCAGUGUGAUCCGGAUUGUACAGGUUUGAGUGAAGAUGCAUUAUCUCACAUUCCAAGUAAUACAGAGUUGCUUCGUUUGUCUGUUAAUUGUGAGACACGCAUGAUACAUGAUUUAGCUAUUCAUCUUGAAAUGGAAGAAAAAGAAUGGAAUGAUAUGGUAGAGAAUUAUCCAAGAAAUACACAAAUGGUCAAGUUUUUAACACUUAUUGAUUUGAGAGAGAACAAUGGAAUACGUUUUGGAGAUUUGGCCAAAGGCUUAAGAGAAAUGAGGAUAACGACACAUACCUUAUGUAUGAUGAGGAGGAGAAAACAAAUGAUAUCUAGUAUUCCAGACGAUAUCUUAGAUUCGAUUCCUUCUGAUGAAAUAUUAGAUAACAUAUCACCACAUAUUGGUAAAAUGGUCUUUCAAUUAGGAACAGAACUUGGAUUGUCCAUAGCAGACUUGGACAACAUAGACAAAUGUAAUUGUGACUUGACCGACCAGAGUAAAGAAGUGUUAUUUACGUGGAGGAGAGACCGAUUAGUAAGACCUACAAUACGUGUCCUUGAACAAGCUUUGGUAAAUAGUCGAAAAGGUGCAAGGUGUUUAGAGGAGGUUGUAAAGAAUGUGGAUCCUAAAGCACUGAGAGCUGUAGAAACCGUUACAGAUAGAAUCAGAGAUAAUGCAGACAGAAUAAUACAAGAAAUACAAACCAGCCAGAUUUUGGAUCAUAUGAUGACACAAUUGGUGAUAUCAGUAGAUGACAGACGCCGUAUUGAACAACAUGCGGGACAAGAUGAUCAGAACAAAGCAUUGCUGGAUAUUGUGAAUAAAAGAAGAGAACCUGCGUAUGGUGUAUUUGUUGACGGAUUAAAUACCUAUGGAUAUGAAGAGCUCGCAAAUGAUUUGAAAUGUGAUUCACAGGAAAUAAGCCCAAGUGCAGCACUAGUACCCGCUGAGAAUGAAGGCUUAUCAGACUGGAAUGUUCCAUUGUAUAAAGUUCGUCUACAGAAGAAUUAUCUCAAGGUUAUUACUGAUAUACAACAUGAGAGCAUAGUAGAUCAUCUAAUAUCAAGAGAGGUAGUGUCUGUAGAUGAUGGGAAGAAGAUAGAAUCUGGUAAAACCCCACAGGAAAAGAACAGGAAUUUAAUGGACAUGCUUUUGCGUAAAAAUGAACGAGGAUUUAUUGAAUUUCUCAAAGCUUUAAGAAAAGACUCAAUUUACAAAGAUUUAGCAGAUCAAAUUGAAAGCACAGCAGUUACGAGAAGAAAUAUAGAAAUCCUUAAAAAGUGCUAUCAAUAGAAUAUAUAAUAAUAUUUCUUUCAGAAAAAAAAAACUAUACACGACAAGUUAAAGAAAGCUAGAACAAACGCCUGUGAACAAUCAAUAGAAGGAGGUAUUACCAAUGCUCAAAAAUUUGGUCACUUAAGUAAUCAAAGUGAAUGAAUCACACUAUGCUAGUUAUAACAUUCUCAUAUAUUCAACAUAUUUCAUGUAUGAUUGUCAUGGCAAGAAAUAAAAACUAAAACAUG